AUGGCUUUGGUGAGAAGUCUAUUGGGUGCAAAGAAGAUUCUUGGCCGCUCCGUAACAGCAGCUUCUAAGAGCAAAAGAGCAGCCUCGGCGGCGCCAAAAGGGUUUCUUGCGGUGUACGUAGGAGAGGGUCAGAAGAAGAGAUAUUUAGUGCCAAUCUCAUACUUGAACCAACCUUCGUUUCAAGCUCUUCUCAGUAAAUCCGAGGAAGAAUUUGGGUUCGAUCAUCCUAUGGGUGGCUUAACGAUCCCUUGUCCUGAAGAUACUUUCAUCAGUGUGACUUCUCGGCUUCAAUGA